CCGCGGAUCUGGGCGGACGCUACGACGUAGCACAUCGCCCGUACCUCGUAGCACUCGUAGCGGCCCUGAAAAGUUUUUACUCUACGUGUGUUUCCCCUAUGAUUAAAAUCGAAUGAAUUUUCAUAAUCAAUACCUAAUAAUACGUUUCAUAAAGUUUUAUUACGACUCAUUUAAAGUGUAUGCAAUGGAAUCGCAUUUAUGUGGAAUUUUUGAGUGAAAAAUUGAAGUGCGUGACGUGGCUGCGGCUCGAUGAGCGCCCGGCGCCGCACGCGGGAGCAUGCUCGCGCACCUCUUGGUGCUUAGCACCGCGCUCGCGGCGGCCUCCAGCGGCAAACACGGUGUGGAGGUACCGGAGUUUGGGGAACCCAUCACCAACCUGACCGUCCCCAUCGGCCGUGACGCGACAUUCAAGUGCAUCGUCGUCAAUUUAGGCGUUUAUCGAGUGGGCUGGGUGAAGGCGGACACGAAGGCGAUCCAGGCGAUCCACGACCACGUCAUCACGCACAACCACCGCGUGUCUGUAUCGCACGCUGACCACUCUACCUGGUAUCUGCACAUCAAGAGUGUGCAGGAGGAGGACCGCGGACAGUACAUGUGCCAAAUCAACACGGAUCCUAUGAAAAGCCAAAUGGGGUAUUUAGAAGUGGUGAUACCACCAGACUUCAUACCCGAAGAGACAUCAGGAGACACCAUGGUGCCUGAGGGAGGCACUGCUCGGGUGUCUUGCAAAGCCCGGGGCAUUCCUCCGCCACGUGUUAUGUGGAAACGGGAAGAUGGACAAGAAAUAGUUGUAAGAGAUAGCACUGGAGCAAAGACAAAAGUGCUAACAUACCAGGGUGAAGUGUUGAAGUUGACGAAGAUAUCGCGUUCCGAAAUGGGCACGUACUUGUGUAUCGCCAGUAAUGGCGUGCCACCCACAGUUAGCAAGAGGAUUCACAUAAGUGUACACUUUCAUCCAGUGAUCCAGGUCCCCAACCAGUUAGUGGGCGCUCCGCUUGGUACUGACGUCACCCUGGAGUGCUACGUGGAAUCAUCACCCAAGUCCAUUAACUACUGGGUUAAAGAUCCUGGUGAGCUAAUAAUACCAUCUGAGCACCACGAGAUGGCUGUUAGACAAAAGUCCAUGUUUGAGGCGGAAAUGUCGAUGACCAUUAAGAACAUACGGCGCGAGGACCUCGGAAGCUACAUAUGCGUUGCCAAAAACUCGCUAGGAGAUGUGGAGAGCAAAAUCAGAUUAUACGAAAUACCAGGUAACGAUAGACAUAUCUACCAAUACCCCGACGAGAGGACCACAUCUGACGACGAUUAUGGUACCGAAGUCUACGACGACAUCGACGACCAAGAAUCGGAGAAAAGCAACCGAGUACCAGAUCGAGCCAACAAAUGGUAUUCCAACGACGGCAAAGUUAUUACAACUACUAAUAAUGCUUCGAUUAUUACGGCAACCAUGAUUAUUUUGGCAAUUUUAAGUUUUUUAGAUAACAUAUCUUAAAUUGUGUACAGAUACAUUGUUUGUAUAAAUCAAAACUAUUUAUAGUUGUGAGUGUGUAACAGCAUAUUGAAAAUGACACAAUACUGUAUUAUUCUUAAGCAUGUUUGUAUGGAUGAGCGAUUUUUUUUAAUUUUAAAAUAGUGCGAUUUUUUGUAAGAACUACAAUGACAAGUUUAAUUGUAUAUUUUAGAUAUUAAUAUUUUUUAAUUUGCAUAAUGUACAUUCCAAUAAUAUUUAUUUUUUACAUUUUAAUUGAGACAGGUAGGUAUUUUAAGUGACGUAAUUUAUUUUGCCAAAAUUUUUAUUUUUCACAAUUAAUCAUAACGAUUUAGUGCUAAUGCCACAAAAAAUGUCAAUACAGUUCUUAGUUAACUCCAAACUUGCUGAACAAAAAGAAAAAAAAAUAUUUUUAGUAUUUUUUUUUCUUUUAUUGAUUUUAAACUAUUGAGCAUUGUAAUAUCCUAAUUUUAAUUAUAAAAUAUAUGUUAUAAACAAUUUUAUAAUUAUUAUCCUUAUAAUUUUAAAUUCCAACUAACUUUAAACCUUGAUUCACAAAAUUCGAAAUUCACAAAAAAAUACCUAUGCAGCUUGCGGGCAUUCUCACUAUUUCUAAUUAGUUAAAUUUAUAAACUACCAAACUUAAAUUCAUGCAACAUUAAAAGUACCCACUGGUAUAAAUAAAUUACUGUUUUAAUGUUUUAGUUUAGGUUAAUCCGCAGUAUAAAUUAAAUUCCAUAUUUAGUUACGUAUUUGUAAUAUCGGCACGGAAACAUUAUGGUACAAUGACUGGAAACUGAACAACAGUAUAAUAAAUAUUGCAUGUAAGUGUUGCAUGAACCAGAACAUACAAUUUUGCUAUUUUAUCGUGAUGGAUAUACAAAUUGAAUAUUGACAAAUUUAAUUAGGUAUAGAUUUAUGUUUAAUUUUAAUUUACAGAUUUAUUUACUGCUUAAAAGUAAUCGAAACAGCUAAAAAUAUAGAAAUUUGUUGAUCUUCUACAAGCCACAGGUACAUAUAUAUUACAUAUCUAUUUUAUCAAAGUACUUUACAAAGAAGAACUUCAGCUUUAGAUAUCAGCUUUCAGAGGCGACAUCCUGAUCUUAUACUAGAGUUUCGCUAAUGAAAGUAGAGACUGAAAUCACCCGCCAAAUUUAAAAAAUCAUUUAAACAAAUUUAAAAAAAAAACAUGCGUUUUCAUAAUUUGUUCAUAAGAUUUCAGUCUCUACUUUCAUUAGCCAAACUCUGAGAAAGCAUAUUUGUUACAUAAGUCUAAAACAAAUUAAACACCUGUCUAGAACAACCCAUUAAUAAAAAAAAAAAUACCCAACAUUACUGAGAACAACAAACAACAUUUUUCCAAAUAGGUAAAAAUCAACCGAUAUGAACUUACUAAGCGAUUGAACAUAAAAGUCGAAUUACUUUGGGAACCAAGUUAAAUUCAGAUGUUAAACAAUAUUACGUGUGAAUUGUAGCAGACAAAUAACUUCAAAGUUACGAAUUACUUGAAAGCUUUUUGCUUUUUUAUUUAAAAGUGGCCUAUUUAGCUUUAAUAUUAUUACAUUAUCAUUAUCAAACAUUUUUUAAGUAAAAAAUGAGGAUAUAAUUAUUAUUUUUUCCGUUAAAUUCAGUCUUUUUCAUUCAGGCCUCAGACAGCGCGUAACGUGAUAAUAAUUAGAAUUAACUUGUAUAUAGAUUUUAAUGUAAGUCGGAAUAGUUAAUGACAUGAUUGUAAUCGAAUUAAUUUUACAUUUACUUCCUACAUUUCAUAGUAAUGUAACAGAGAUUGUUUUUAUUAAUAAAUAUGAAAACAUAUUUAUAUCUAAGGAUAAAGGUAAACAAAGUUUUAUAGGGAUAGAAGAAUAAAACAUAAUGUGUUUUUAAAUUCGCAGAAAAUAUAACUGUUACAAGCUACGCGGUUUUAUAUCUUUUACUCUUAAGCUGGUUUUUACUUCAUUUUAAGAAAUUCGAUUAUAAUAUAAUCGAGAUCGAUUUCGAGAUUAUUAAGACAAAUUUAUUUUUUGUCUAAUAAUUAAAAUUGCU